GUGACCUUCACAGUGGAACCAACCAAAUUAGUGAUGGCUUCUUCUAAUAUUAGAUUAUUCUUAGCCUUCUUUUGGUUCGUGGGUUUGACAGUGGGGGGGUGUUUGGGUCAGCUAAACCCUUCAUUUUACGCCAAAACCUGCCCCAACUUAGCCAAAAUUGUAAAUGGUGUGGUUGCUCAGGCUCUGCGAACCGAUGCCCGAGCCGGAGCCAAGCUCAUUCGCCUUCACUUCCACGACUGUUUUGUUGACGGGUGUGAUGCGUCUAUUUUGCUAGAGAACGCACCUGGCAUAGACAGUGAGCUGGAUGCGCCCGGAAAUCAAGGGAUUCAAGGACUCAACAUCGUGGACGACAUCAAAGCUGCUGUCGAAAAGGCCUGCCCACGCACCGUCUCCUGCGCCGACAUCUUAACCCUUGCAUCUAAGGAAUCAGUAGUCCUGGCUGGAGGGCCGAGUUGGGUAGUGCCACUGGGACGAAGAGACAGUAGAACAGCCAAUAGAGAGGGAGCCUCAAACAACCUGGCCAGUCCCUUCGACACACUCGACGGACUCAAAAGGCAGUUUGCUGCACAAGGCCUCGAUUCCACUGAUCUUGUUGCUUUGUCUGGAGCACAUACGUUCGGACGUUCAAGAUGCGGAUUCUUCAGCCACCGGUUCGCGAACUUCAACGGCACGAACAGGCCGGAUCCAAGCCUAGAUCCGGCGUACAGAGAGCAGCUGCGGCGAAUUUGCAGCAGCUCAGAGACACGUGCGAAUUUCGACCCGACGACGCCGGACAAAUUUGACAAGAACUAUUACACGAACCUUCAGGGGCUCCGAGGGCUUCUGCAGAGCGACCAGGAGCUGUUCUCGACUCGCGGGGCUGACACCAUCGCCAUUGUCAACCGCUUUGCCAGAAGCCAAGACGAGUUCUUCAACAGCUUUGGGCGCUCCAUGAUCAAGAUGGGAAACAUUACCCCUUUGACUGGAAGAAGGGGAGAAAUCAGACUCAACUGUAGGAAGGUCAAUCCAGUGCCGCGGGCCGAGGAUGGUCUUGGUCAUGAUGUUAUGUAACAACCCCUUUUUAAUUUGAGUGCACAAUAAUAAUUAAGGCCACACUUGUUUCCUUUCCAUGCUUUUCUAUGUCGUAAUUUCUCCUCGUCUUUUUUGUUGUCCACCAAAAAUAAUUAUAAAAAAAUGUAGUAAGCAGCCGUGUUGCCUGCCCUUCGA